UAAAUAGACUAAGCAAGUUUAUUAAUUCAUGCAAUUUAUGUGGUAUUCGCAUAACAAUCAUGCAUUUGUUUUUUGUGUAACAUGCAUUUGAAUAUCAUAUACAUAGGCAUGAAAUUCGUUGAUAUGUGUCGGAGAAGCAGAAUCCAUGCAUAGAAUUAACAGGUAUAUUAUUCAUCCUUGUUUGUCAAACUAAAGUCAUCCUCGCAGAUUUUUCGCCUAGCCGUCCUAGGACGGUAGAGGGGGAGGUCCGAUACGGUGAAGCCGGUGGAAAAUGUACGAGGUAGACAAGGAAACAUCGGAGAAGAUUGACUAUUCCUCUACCAUUUGUCGUUGCACGAGUUUAAAGUAUGACGAGUUUGACAAGAUCGAGCUUGAUGAAAAGGACCCUGAGGGCAAUGUAACAGAGGAGGAAUCCGAGGAGUCGGAGAAAUUGGUAGAUUCUCUUUCACUUGCAGGCCAGCAAUUGAAGGUUCUUCAUAAUGUUGAUGAAAUCGUUGCAUGGAAACAUAGGUUGGCGAAGCUUGAUCUGUCGUCUAACCUAUUGUCUACUUUGCCCGGUUCCAUCAGCGUGCUUACAAAUCUUAAGGUUUUGGAUGUCUCGAGGAACAAUCUUAGUGGUCUUCCCGAAAGCAUUUCCCAUUGCAGGUCCCUGGAAGAGUUUGAUGCAAGCUUCAAUGAGCUCAAGUUCUUACCAAAUAACUUCGGCCAUGGACUAGUCCAUCUUAAGAGACUCUCCAUCAAUCUGAAUAAGAUCGCCUGCCUUCCAGCAUCUAUUCGUGAAAUGGUAUCUUUGACAUAUAUGGAUGUUCAUUUCAAUGAGCUUCAUGGUCUGCCAUAUUCUAUUGGGGAACUGAAGAAUCUCGAGGUCUUGAACUUAAGUAGCAAUUUUAAUCAUCUCACCACUAUUCCUGACACGAUUGGAGAAUUAUCAAAUCUCAGGGAGCUUGACAUCAGUAACAAUCAAAUCCGAGUUCUUCCUAGCACCAUUUCUCAGCUUGUAAAUAUAACCAAGCUAAACUUAGAUCAAAACCCGCUUGUAACCCCUCCGGCUCAUAUUAGUGCCAAAGGGAUUGAAGCUGUCAUGAAUUUCAUGAAGAGUAGGUAUGUUAAUAACUCCGCGGCUGCUAAACGUGUUUGUGCAGCAAAAAAUGACGAAAGGGGGCCUUCUGAAUGGCAUCAAGCACUUCUACGUUGAAAUCUUGGCUUAGAUAUUCCCAGUUGAGUAAGAAUUCUAAAAAUUCUGACAUUCGACUAUUGGCUAUUGCCGCUGUGCAUUGUUAUAGACUUGCCCUUGAUAUAGUUUCGUGUUAGAACAUAUUGGGCUAGGAGUAUACUGCUUGCAGACGUAUCUCCUUGCCAUGCGAGUUGUAAUUGUACGUUAGACAAGUAGUUUACUGGCAGAUUGCAUCUUUUUUCGUAUCUGUGUCUUGCAGAUGAUUCGUUUACUAUGAAUGGGGGAACGAUAACGAUGCUUUUGCUUGGUUCAUCUCUGGAUACACAAGUUGAAAUUUCACAUCGAAAUUUUUUACCUUCACUGGUUUAGCUGCAUAGAGACUUAAUUUACAAAAUCUAGACUCAACAGACUUUUUACAAUUUUUAAUUUUUUUGUCAUGUCGACAAGUCUCAGGAAACGAAAAUUUAAACACUCAUGCACACGUGUUCAAAGAAUAAAAGAACAGAGUCCCGGCCCUGAAAUCCAGUUUUCAAAACUCCACUCAUUACCGGAACCGAAAGCGAAAAAGAUUCUCGUAGGUUUAUCUGAAAGAGACGCAAAUGAAGAGAAGAAUCCAAGAAAACAGAGGAUUAUGGGUCACCCUUUCCUCAAUGCUAUUACCCCUUGCCACGCC